AUGGAGAGUGGCAUCAGCAGCCCAGAACCCCCGCAGUCAGAUCCCCUUGAGGCAUUUCCUCAGAGGCGCCUGGAGCCAGGUGACAUUGCCGUACUUGUUCUGUACUUCCUGUUUGUCCUGGCUGUUGGACUAUGGUCCACAGUGAGGACCAAAAGAGACACGGUGAAAGGCUACUUCUUGGCUGGAGGGGAUAUGGUGUGGUGGCCAGUGGGUGCUUCUCUGUUUGCCAGCAAUGUUGGAAGUGGCCAUUUCGUUGGCCUGGCAGGUUCAGGCGCUGCUGUGGGGAUUUCUGUAGCUGCUUAUGAAUUUAGUGGCUUAUUCUCUGUGCUGAUGUUGGCCUGGGUCUUCCUCCCGAUCUACAUUGCUGGUCAGGUCUCAACGAUGCCGGAAUACUUACGGAAACGCUUCGGCGGCAAUCGGAUCCCCAUCACCCUAGCUGUGCUCUACCUAUUUAUAUACAUCUUCACUAAGAUCUCGGUGGAUAUGUAUGCAGGCGCCAUCUUUAUUCAGCAGUCUUUAAACCUGGAUUUGUACUUGGCCAUAACUGGGCUGUUGGCCAUCACAGCUGUCUACACUAUUGCAGGUGGCCUGGCUGCUGUGAUCUACACAGAUGCUGUGCAGACUCUGAUCAUGCUCGUAGGCGCCCUCACCUUGAUGGGUUACAGUUUUGCUGCAGUUGGUGGGAUGGAAGGCUUGAAGGAGAAGUACUUUUUGGCUCUGGCUAGCAACCGAACUGAGAACAGCAGCUGUGGGCUGCCCCGAGAAGACGCCUUCCAUAUUUUCCGAGACCCAGUAAACUCUGAUCUCCCAUGGCCCGGAAUCCUGCUUGGAAUGUCCAUCCCUUCCCUCUGGUACUGGUGCACGGACCAGGUGAUUGUUCAGCGGAGCCUGGCUGCCAAGAACCUGUCCCAUGCCAAAGGAGGAUCUCUGAUGGCCGCAUACCUGAAGGUGCUGCCUCUUUUCAUGAUGGUGUUUCCUGGAAUGAUCAGUCGUGUCCUCUUCCCAGACCAAGUGGCUUGCGCAGAUCCAGAAAUCUGCAAGAAGGUCUGUAGCAACCCCUCUGGCUGCUCUGACAUCGCAUAUCCCAAACUAGUGCUGGAACUUCUGCCCACAGGGCUUCGUGGGCUCAUGAUGGCUGUGAUGGUAGCUGCGCUCAUGUCUUCCCUCACCUCCAUCUUUAACAGUGCCAGCAGUAUCUUCACCAUGGACCUCUGGAAUCAUAUCCGACCUCAGGCAUCUGAGAAAGAGCUCAUGAUUGUCGGCAGAGUGUUUGUGUUGCUGCUCGUGCUGGUCUCCAUCCUGUGGAUCCCUGUGGUUCAGGCCAGCCAGGGGGGCCAACUCUUCAUUUACAUUCAGUCCAUCAGCUCCUACCUGCAGCCGCCUGUAGCAGUGGUCUUCAUCAUGGGAUGUUUCUGGAAGCGGACCAAUGAAAAGGGUGCCUUCUCCGGCUUGAUCGUGGGCCUGGCCAUAGGCUUGAUUAGGCUGGUCCUGGACUUUAUUUAUGUGCAGCCUCUGUGUGACCAGACAGAUGAGCGUCCAGCAGUGGUGAAGGAUGUCCACUACCUCUACUUAUCCAUCAUCCUGUCUGUGGUCACCUUGCUCACUGUGUCCAUCGUGAGCUGGUUCACAGAGCCGCCCUCCAAGGAGCUGGUCAGUCGCCUGACCUGGUUUACUCGUCAUGAUCCUGUGGCCCGGAAGGAACCGCCUCUGCCUUCUACCCUUCCUCGGAAUGGGACCCUGGAGGGUAGCGGCACCAGCAUCCAGCUUGAGACUGUUCAAGAAAACAUGCCCAGAACACACAGCUGUGAUGUGACCCCAAAACAGUCCAAAGUGGUGAAAGCCAUCUUGUGGCUCUGUGGAAUGGCGGGCAAGGACAAGGAAGAGCCCACGAGCAAAGGGGAACCUGCCCUAGCGUCCUUGGAAGAAAAGCCCUUCGUGAAAACCCUUCUCGACAUCAACCUCAUUAUCUGCAUCAGCUGUGCCGUCUUCCUCUGGGGUUACUUUGCUUGA